GGUGCGUGUGUGUGUAGAGUUCAUAGUCCGCCAUAUCAGUGUUGUAGGUUUAACGGAAUCUUUGAAUAAAAAAAACGAACAGCUUUUUCUCGACCUUUAUUCUGAAACUGAUCGUCACAUGUGGUGGAACCAUGUCGGACGACGGACGUAUACCCGACGUGAACGAGAGUGUAAGGGCUUCCAGUGUCCCCCAACACGCCACAGAUAGUUCUGAAUUGAUAACAGACACAGUGCAAGUGCAAAUGAAAGACUCUAAAGAUAAUUUCGAUAAAUUAUAUGUCGAUCAAGAGGCACCAACGAUACCAAAACGCCGACAGGAACUGUUGAAAUGGAACGGCUGGGGUUACAAGGAUUCAAAAUUUAUUGUCAACAAAGCAGGUCAAGUGGAAUUCACUGGAGAUCGCUACCGACUCAGUAAGAAAGUGUUGCCAUAUCUAAAAGAUUUUAUGAUGAGGACAUGUGGUGUCAGUUUAGAGCAUAAGAUUGCAGCUCAGCCAGAGAUUACAGCAGCUGAUAUCCCACCUCCUGUUAAGAACAAGGAAUUCCUCACUGAUCUUCGACGCACUGGUAUUAAUUAUUCAGAUGACUGCCAAGACAGACUUUUCAGAGCUCAUGGUCAUACAUUGCAUGAAGUAUUUGUCUUGCGAGAAGGAAAAUUUGAAAGAAUACCUGACCUGGUGGUUUGGCCAUCAUGCCAUAGUGAUGUUGUCAAAAUUGUGGAGCUGGCUUGUCAGCAUAAAGUAAUGAUUAUUCCAUUUGGAGGUGGCACCAGUGUCUCUGGGGCCCUGGAAUGUCCUGCUUCUGAGAAACGAGUCAUUAUCUCUGUUGAUACAUCACGAAUGAAUAAAAUUUUGUGGAUUGACGAGGAGAAUCUGACAGUAUGUGCUGAGAGUGGUAUUGUUGGACAGGAUUUGGAAAGAAGAUUGGCUGAGAAAGGGUAUUGCACAGGCCAUGAGCCUGACUCAAUGGAGUUCAGUUCCCUAGGAGGCUGGAUAGCCACCAGGGCAUCUGGGAUGAAGAAAAAUAUUUAUGGAAAUAUAGAAGAUUUGCUUGUUCAUGCAAAGUUCGUGACACCACGAGGAGUGUUGGAGAAGAACUGUCUAGUACCAAGAAUAUCAGCUGGGCCAGAUAUACAUCAUUUGAUCCUUGGUUCAGAAGGAACUAUGGGGAUAGUCACUGAAGCUAUUCUUAAAAUUCGACCUUUGCCCCAGUGCAAGAAAUAUGGUUCUGUAGUUUUUCCAACCUUUGAAGAUGGUGUUCACUGUCUGAGAGAGAUUGCUAAACAAAGGUGUGCUCCAGCUUCAAUUCGUUUGAUGGACAAUGACCAGUUCCAGUUGGGUCGUGCUCUGAAACCAGAUUCUGGUUCCAUCUUUGCUAGUUUUCUAGAUGGUAUAAAGAAACUUUAUAUCACUAAACUAAAGGGUUUUCAUCCAGAGAAGUUAUGUGUAGCGACAUUGUUAUUUGAAGGUACAAAAGAGGAGGUUGCUGCAUUAGAGAAACAAGUCUAUGCAAUCGUUGCCAAAUUCCGAGGUCUUCCUGGUGGUGCUGACAAUGGUGAAAGAGGAUACAUGAUGACUUUUGUCAUAGCUUACAUCCGGGAUCUUGCUUUUGAAUAUUACAUUGUUGCUGAAUCAUUUGAAACUUCUUGUCCUUGGGACAGAGUAAUUGACCUUUGCCGUAAUGUCAAGCAUCGAGUGUACAAAGAGUGCAAAGAGAGAGGAAUACAGUGGCCUCCUUAUAUAACAUGUCGAGUUACACAAACCUAUGAUUGUGGUGCAUGUGUUUACUUCUACUUUGCCUACAACUACCGAGGUGUGAGCAACCCUGUCCAGACUUAUGAAGAAAUCGAGUGUAAAGCACGAGAUGAAAUUCUUGCUAAUGCUGGUAGUAUUUCCCAUCAUCACGGAGUGGGCAAACUCCGGAAGAAGUGGCUGAAGAAUACCAUAGGAGAUAUUGGUAUUGGUGCUUUGCGUGCUGUAAAGGCUUACAUUGAUCCUGACAAUAUUUUUGGCAACAGUAACUUAUUGAUGGCAAAUCUUUGAUACUGGCUGACAUACUAAUUAAAUUUUGUUUCUCUUGAGGAAGAUAUGGAUGUCACAAAAUCCUACUUCUACUCCAAAACAUUCUGGGCUUCUUGCCAAUGGAAGAAACAGCUUUUGCCCUGGUUGAAGUCAUUUCACUAUACCUAUAUUACUAAACGCUCUUGACAAAUCCAUGACUGUCACAACAUCCUGUUUUCUUUCUGUGGUAUUGGACUAUUUAAAAUAAACAUUAUUAUUUGUUAUUGCGUGCAGAAAAUCCAGUACAGUUGUUCUUAGAUAUUCAUAAAUUGCCAAUAACAUUUGGAAAGAAGUGACUGUUGCAGCACUCUCUAUCACUCCAGUAGAAAACUUGAAGUGAUAUGACAAUAGGAAUAAUUAUUGGUUUAAUUUAUCAUUGGAACAAAGAACUUUGUACAUUCUGAUUUAUAGUAUUUUAUAUUCCUGGUUUCAAAUGUUACAGAGUUGAUAAAGAAAUAACAAUAACAACGAA